AGUCACAGCGCGGUUCUGAAGAACAAACGUCAUCAUGAUGGGCAAGAUCAUCUUCUACGAGGACAAGAACUUCCAGGGUCGUUCCUAUGAGACCAGCUCCGACUGCCCUGAGUUGACCUCCUACCUGAGCAAGUGCCACUCCUGCAGAGUUGAGAGCGGCAACUUCAUGGUGUACGAUCGCCCUAACUUCAUGGGAAACCAGUACUUCAUGAAGAGGGGAGAGUACUCUGACUACAUGAGUAUGAUGGGAAUGAGGGAGUGCAUCAGGUCCUGCCGCAUGAUCCCCAUGCACAAAGGAAACUUCAGGAUGAGGAUCUACGAGAGGGAGAAUUUCGGAGGUCAGAUGCACGAGAUGAUGGACGACUGUGACUCCAUCCAGGAGCGUUACCGUAUGUCAGACUGCCAGUCCUGCAACGUGAUGGACGGCCACUGGCUGAUGUACGAGCAGCCCCACUUCAGAGGCAGGCAGAUGUACAUGAGGCCUGGAGAGUACAGGAACUUCAGAGAGAUGGGCAUGGGAAUGGGCGGCAUGGGCAGCAUGAGUGGCAUGAGGUGCAUGAGCAUGAGGCGUAUCAUGGACAACAUGUCUAUGCAGGACACCAGUGCAGCAGCAGCACAGCUCAAAGAAACAACCGCAACCAUGAUGGGCAAGAUCAUCUUCUACGAGGACAAGAACUUCCAGGGUCGUUCCUAUGAGACCAGCCAGGACUGCCCCGACAUGUCGUCCUACCUGAGCAGGUGCCACUCCUGCAGGGUUGAGAGUGGCUGCUUCAUGGUGUACGAUCGCCCUAACUUCAUGGGAAACCAGUACUUCAUGAAGAGGGGAGAGUACUCUGACUACCAGCGCAUGAUGGGAAUGAAUGACUGCAUCAGGUCCAGCCGCAUGAUCCCCAUGCACAAAGGAAACUUCAGGAUGAGGAUCUACGAGAGGGAGAACUUCGGAGGUCAGAUGCACGAGAUGAUGGACGACUGUGACUCCAUCCAGGAGCGUUACCGUAUGUCCGACUGCCAGUCCUGCAACGUGAUGGACGGCCACUGGCUGAUGUACGAGCAGCCCCAUUACAAAGGCAGGCAGAUGUACAUGAGGCCUGGAGAGUACAGGAGCUUCAGGGAUAUGGGUAUGAGUGGAAUGAGGUUCAUGAGCAUGAGACGUAUCAUGGACAACAUGUCUAUGUAAAGUCCUCAAAUGUAUGAAAAUUGUUGAUUAAAAUGUUU